CUUUGGCGCCAAUUUGACCACCCGAACGUCGUGCCCUUCCUGGGAGUCGACCGCCAAACCUUUGAAGCUAGGUAUGCAAUUGUCACGCCAUGGAUGGAGAACGGAAAUAUGCUGGAAUACAUCCGGAGACAAGAAUUACCAUUCUACAGAAUACUGCUCUUGAUUACGAAGCUCGAAGAGGCCGCAAGGGGUUUACAUUACUUGCACGAACAUGAAUUUGUUCACGGAGAUCUUCGUGCCGCUAACGUCUUGAUCGAUGACUGCGGGCACGCGUGCCUGACUGACUUCGGCCUCACCUUCGUCGAUCACAUCGCGUCUUCGAACGGAUCAAGCACGACAGCACAUGGUAAUGCUCGUUGGCUUCCCCUCGAGAUGUUGAACGGAUCACAGGAUCGCCCCCAAUGCAGUACCGACGUCUUCUCCUUUGGAAGAGUGAUGCUGGAGGCAAGUCCGGAGUAUAUGUAUCGACGAAAUCUGAUCUGGAAUGAGGUUGAAAGGCCUACUGUUGACGGGGUUCCUAGUCAAGCAGUUCCCGAUUGGCUGUGGAAUCUUAUGCUGUGGUGUUGGGAACCCGACCCGAUGGCGAGGCCGAUGGCAUACGAUGUACUCAUCCGCCUU